AUGUCAGACCAGGCCUUCUCAAGCACUAAGGACCGAUGGUCUGCGGUUGUUUCUCGCAACCCUGACGCGGUGGGAGUGUUUGUAUAUGCUGUCAAAACAACUGGCAUAUACUGCCGGCCCGACUGCAAAGCUCGGCUGGCACGACGGGCGAAUAUCGUCUUCUACGACAGCGGUCCAGUAGCUGAGGAAGCCGGAUACCUGGCUUGCAAGCGUUGCAAACCCAAUUUGCUGGUAUCGCAGGAGGAUGAUCCUCUACUGGCCAAGAUCCGCAGAGCUAUGGAUUUGAUCAAGGCGACCGCAUCUCAAGGCCAAAAAAUAAGCCUACAGCAGCUAUCAUGCGAGGUUCAGCUCAGCAAAUGGCAUCUUCAACGAGUGUUCAAGAGACUGCAGGGAUUAUCGCCACAUGAGAUGUCCAAUGCGAUCAUUGAUGCGAUUGAAGGGGGGACGGAAGAAAGCCAUCAGCCCGGAGAGUCUGUGCCAGAAGAUAUUGUCCACAGCGGUACUGAGCAGAAUCUACUGGAACUUGAUCCACAAAUUGGGUCAGCGCGAACCGCUCAAGGCGGCGUUGGAUUCAACCAGCAAGGUUUACUACAAUAUAGCAAUAACGAAGUGGAAGAUGUGCUGCGAGAUCUCUUUCCUGAGCUCUAUACAGAAGUAUCAGAACAGGAAAUGUUUCUUCCGCACCCUGCAGUAGAAAUCUAG